GCGGCAGCGCGCGUUCCGCAGGCGGCGGCGUCCAACGCCCGACCCCGCCUGCGCGGCCAGCCCGGCGGGUGGUGGCGCCCAGGGACGCCCGAGGCCCGCUCGCGCUAGUGGCCCGCGCUCCGCCACCGCCGCCGGCUGCCGCGGGAUCAGCCAGAUCCUUCCAUUCCAGCCGCUCCCCACUUUCCCCACUCCUAAUCUGGAUGGGAAGUUGGGGAAAAUGGACAGGGUCGUGUUGGGGUGGAUUGCUCUCUUCUGGCUAACAGCCAUGGUUGAAGGUCUUCAGGUCACAGUGCCUGACAAGAAGAAAGUGGCCAUGCUUUUCCAGCCCACUGUGCUUCGCUGCCACUUCUCCACAUCCUCCCAUCAGCCUGCAGUUGUGCAGUGGAAGUUCAAGUCCUACUGCCAGGAUCGCAUGGGGGAAUCCUUGGGCAUGUCUUCUCCCCGGGCUCAAGCUCUCAGCAAGAGAAACCUGGAAUGGGAUCCCUACUUGGAUUGUUUAGACAGUAGAAGGACCGUUCGAGUGGUGGCUUCAAAACAGGGCUCAACUGUUACGCUAGGAGAUUUCUACAGAGGCAGAGAGAUUACAAUUGGUCAUGAUGCAGAUCUUCAGAUUGGAAAACUCAUGUGGGGAGACAGUGGACUCUAUUACUGUAUCAUCACUACCCCUGAUGACCUGGAGGGCAAAAACGAGGACUCCGUGGAACUGCUGGUGUUGGGCAGGACAGGGCUGCUUGCUGAUCUCUUGCCCAGUUUUGCUGUGGAGAUUAUGCCAG